GAGCGUUGAAAGAUGAUCUACAAACACUGGCAAGCGUUUCUCGCGUUAUUGAUUGUACUCUACGGCUUACAGAGCAUUCAAGGUUGCACUCUUGUGUGCUUCAAUGGUGGCACGGUUAUAGAUGCGUGUACCGCUUGCCAUUGUGCUCCUCAGUGGACGGGAUACAACUGCUCAGAACCAUGCGGUGGAACUACUUCCUUUCGUAACGGAACAAUAACAUCACCUGGAUUCCCAAUCGGUUACAAAAAUUACGAACAUUGCAGUUGGAAUAUUGACGCGUCUCCUAACUCUACCGUCGUCCUAUCAUUUAAAUCGUUAGACUUGGAAAGAGGUAUCGACACAGUUUCUAUCUACAAGCGCAAAACAAGCAAAUCUAUAGAUGAGAGAAAACUUCAACAUGUGAAAUCGUACACUGGAAAUGAAAUUCCUGAUGAACUAAUCGUGGAAAAUUCGCUUUUGAUAAGAUUCUCAAGUGACCAAUCAGUGACUAAGCAAGGAUUUUUAUUAACUUGGGUUAUAUAUAAAGGUGUAUUUCCAAGAUUGUUAGAUGAAAGAGGUAACUUCCUGCGUAUAACAGCUAUUAAAGACAACAAUAUCACAUUACUGUGCAAUGCUAUUGCAAUACCCAAACCGAAGAUUUUAUGGAGAAAGGACGGUUUUCCAAUUGCCCAAGGGAAAAUGUCAUUUACUUUUAAGCACAAUGGUAAUGAGCUCUUCUACUCUCGUGCAAUCGAAUCAGAUGCUGGCUUGUAUACGUGUGAAGCAGGCAAUUACCUAGGAACAAUACAUCGCAGCUUUCUAGUAUCAGUUUAUGUUGCUCCAGUCGUAGUUAGUCAUCCUGCCAGUAUCCACUUCGAACCUUUCCUUGAACGCUUUCAACAUGCGGCAUUUUGGUGCGAAAUUUACGGGAUUCCGGAGCCUGAUGUCAACUGGAAAAAAAAUGGAGUACCAAUCGAGCUACCAAAAAUUUACUUUAGAAAGGGAAGGAGAUGGCUAAUAAUUAGGAAUGUGUUUAACUCUGAUUUGGGAAACUAUUCUUGUUAUGCCAACAAUUCACUGGGGCAAGCAGAGUCGGUUCCAGCUACGCUAUCCGCGGGGAAUUUCAUCUACAGGGGUGUCCUAUACAAUUCGAAUUUAAGAGGCCAUCCAAAUGUUAACAUAUUCGGGCAUGUUGGCAUUAAUAUUUUCUGUCGAUCGUGCAGACGAUACGCGUCGAGUACACGAGCAAAUAAUACUUUAGUUAGCGUUUAUAAAAAUGGAGUCAACAUAAAUACGUCAACCGAUAGCCGAACCAUUCUGGUGCAAGAAGCAUACGAAAUUUCAUUUACAAUAAUCAAUGUGACCGAGGCAGACUGCGGAAUAUACGAAAUUAAAGAGAAUGUUGACAACACCUCUUUGUUUACAAUAAUUGACGUUCAAGUUCCACCAAACACAGUGAUCACAGCUACAAACGAUGUCUCGAAAAUUUUUACUGAAAAUAGAACAAUUGCUUGCCAAUCUGCUCUCGUUUACCCCCAACCAUCCUUUGUUUGGUACAAAAACGGAGUGACUAUAAACAACCAGUCCGAUAAGCAUGAAAUUGUUGACGGCUAUUUUACGAGUUACCUGAUACUAAACAGCAACUCGAUUAUUCAAACUGGUGACAUGUACAACUGCACUGCUAUUAAUGACGCUGGAGAAAGUACAGCAAGUAUUACAGUAACCGCUAAAGUGAAGGAUGGGUGGAUAGAGUCUAACAGAGGGUCACAAUGCAGUCUAUCUUGUCGUUCAAAACCUGGUAUCAAACUUGUACAACGGCAAUGCAUAAAGAGCCCACCAAGAUGCAAAGGACAAUCAGUCUACACAGAAACAUGUCAAGCAAACACUUCCUGCCCGUUUCAUGAAGCUACAACAGCUGUCACGACAACUUGGAUGUCAACUCAGAACAACCAAGAAACGACAACACCCACAGCACCCGCGACUUGGAUGUCACCUCGAAGCUCUCAUGAAAAGACAAAUGACUAUAUAACUACUCCAUCUCCAUCACAAAAAUCUGCUUACAUAUCUUCUCCAGACGCAACGUUAGCAAAAACUAAAGUAGCGACGCCAACUAAAAAAUCAACUCAAAUUCUGGACACGACGGGAAACAGUAAACAAGAACUGUCUGCAGGCGCUGUUGCAGGGAUAUCUCUGACAAUGAUAGUGAUCGCAGCUGGUAUUGUUUCUGGAAUUGUUUUCUACAUUAUCUGGCGCCGUAAUAAACAAAAAAUACCGAUCUCUGCCAGCAAAGACAAUACGUCGGCCAUCGCGCUCGCAGAUAUGCCGAAUGACAAGAGUUUACAAGAGAAAUCAAGUAUGAGCAAAAGGGGAAAAGAAGAAAAGAAGUCAAUUAGCUGGAAAAUUCUUCUCUGCAGUCAGACCCAUAGCUCUAGACACUCGGGAAGUAAAGUGCAGCAAAGGCAUCCAACUCCAUCUACCAAUCAACCCAUCGAUGAGAACCCUGCGUAUAUAGCAACAAGCCCUGCGAUAGACAAUGCUGAAAAAAAUCUUGCUUAUAUUGCAGCAAGACCUGUAAAAUGCUAUGUACAAGAAACCCCAGCAUACCUUACACCAAGCUCAGUAGUGGACCCUGCAAACAAAAUCUUUGCAUACAACGGAACAAGCUCUGCAAAAGACACAGGAGAAGAGAACCCUGCAUACAUUGCAACAAGUCUUGUAUUGGACAAAGAAGAAGAGAACCCUGCCUACAUUGCAACAAGGCGUGAAAACGACGUUGAGGAAAACGAUUACGAAGCACCAUGCCCAAUAUAUGAAGAUACCAAUGAUCGUUGAUUACUACACGGUUUACCACGAUUAUUGUGUUAGAAGUCUGAUUUAAGUCGUUGUUCUAGAUGUGUUUGUUGUGUAACGUUAUCUGUGAGAUGAGUACGACACAUAGAUUUCAAUCUAUUUGCAUUAAUUUUUGCUAUGUGUGUACUGUGUGCAAAUGACUUUGAUUGCAAACAAUGUCUUCAGUAAGUUGUGAAAUUAUUCAUUAUUAAAUGAGAAUUCCGGAGA